UUGCCCACUUCCCAACUUCAACACCCAAAACCCAAUUCAAAACCGCGACCAAUUGCUUCACCUGACGACCACUGCCAUUCGAGCGAAAUCAUCGUGUCCAACAGGAAGAUAACCUCCUACAUCCGAUGCGGGGACUUGAAAUCCGCUCUGGAAAUCUUCCGGAGCAUGAAGGCGAGGUCCACGGUCACCUGGAACUCGAUUCUGGCCGGGCUCUCCGCCAAACCCGGCAAUCUGAAAGAAGCCCAAGACCUGUUCGACGAAAUUCCCGAACCAGACACCGUAUCCUACAACAUCAUGCUGUCCUGUUAUUUCAGAAAUGCCCAAAUAGAUUCUGCUAAGGAUCUUUUUGACCGGAUUCCGGCCAAAGAUGCCGCUUCCUGGAACACCAUGAUCACGGGCCUCUCCCGGAACAGAGAAAUGAGUGAUGCCCAGAAGCUUUUCCACAUCAUGCCUGGAAAAAAUGCAGUGACCUGGAAUGCAAUGAUAUCAGGAUACGCGGAGAAAGGAGAAAUGAAAACGGCCCUGGAAUUACUUAAAAAGGCUCCUGUAAAAGGCCCGAUUGCAUGGACGAGCAUAAUAACCGGUUACAUGAGGCGGGGAGAGGUAGUUCUUGCCGAGAGAAUCUUUUCCCACGCAGAAAAGAAUGUGGUGACGUGGAAUGCAAUGAUCUCAGGUUAUGUGGAGAAUGGCAGGGAAGAAGACGGGCUGAAUCUUUUCAAGAAAAUGACGUGUUUGGGAAUUUGGGCCAGUUCGUCGGGCCUGAGCAGCCUUCUCCUGGCCUGCAGCAACCUAUCCCUUUUAAAACUGGGGAAGCAAUUUCAUCAGCUCACUUACAAGCUUCCUUUAUACGCGGACCCCACUGUGAAAACCUCUUUGAUCAGCAUGUACUGCAAAUGCGGGGUUUUGGAGGAUGGUAAGAAAUUAUUCUCACAAAUGUCCCGUAAAGAUGUCGUCUGCUGGAAUGCAAUGAUUUCGGGCUACGCGCAGCACGGACUAAGCCGAGAGGCACUCGAUUUGUUUUAUGAGAUGAAAGAGAAAGGGACGAAGCCCGAUUCCAUCACAUUCGUAGGUGUCCUCUCCGCAUGCAACCAUGCGGGUUACGUAAAUCUCGGGAUUUCGUAUUUCGAGAAAAUGCAGAGUUUUUACGGGAUUAUUCUGAAACCCGAUCAUUACGCGUGCAUGAUCGACCUUCUUGGCCGAGCAGGAAAAUUUGAUGAAGCUAUGUGUUUGAUUAAAGAAAUGCCGUUUGAGCCGAACGCAGCUAUAUAUGGAACUCUGUUAGGCGCUUGCAGGGUUCAUAAGAAUGUGGAUAUUGCUGAAUUUGCUGCUGAAAAACUGCUUGCUCUCCAGCCUUGUAAUUCGGCUGCUUACGUGCAGCUUGCGAAUGUGUAUGCCGUGAGCAAGAACUGGGAGAAUGUGUCUAGAGUUAGAAAGUCGAUGAAGGAGAUGAGGGCUGUGAAGACACCUGGAUAUAGCUGGAUCGAGAUUAAGAGCGUGAUUCAUGAGUUUCGGUCGGGGGACGGGAUUCAUUCGGAGUUGGGGUGCAUUCAUGAGAAAUUAAACGAGGUCGAGAGGAAAAUGAGGCUGGCGGGUUAUGUGCCGGUUCUUGAUUCGGCUUUGCAUGAUGUUGGGGAGGAGCAGAAAGAAAAGCUUCUUCUCUGGCACAGUGAGAAAUUGGCUAUUGCCUUUGGGUUGAUGAGAGUGGAGUGUCAUUUGCCGAUUAGGGUUUUCAAGAACUUGAGGGUUUGUGACGAUUGCCACCUGGCGAUAAAGUUUAUGUCGGCCGUGGAAUGUAGGGAGAUUGUUGUGAGGGACACGACGAGGUUUCACCAUUUUAGGGAUGGAAAAUGCUCUUGUGGUGAUUACUGGUAA